UUAAGUUUUGUGGCUGCAUGAAGUACCUGCUUAGGCAGGUGGCUCUUUGUCAAACAUUUUGGUGUCAGUUUGUUUACAUCAUGGCGUUGCGUGACAAACCCGAGGACCACCGCCGCAAGUGGGACCGCGAUGAGUACGAGCGGCUGGCGGCCGAGCGCAUCCAGGAGGAGCUGGAGGCCCAGGAGAAGGCCAAGCAGAAGCCCCCGCCCGUCAAGCGCGAGCUGCUGCGGCAGCGCGACUACCGCGUCGACCUCGAGUCCAAGCUGGGCAAGAGCGUCGUCAUCACCAAGAACACCCCGUCGUCGCAGACCGGCGGAUAUUACUGCAAUGUGUGCGACUGUGUUGUCAAGGACUCCAUCAACUUCCUCGACCACAUCAACGGCAAGAAACAUCAGCGGAAUUUGGGAAUGUCGAUGCGAGUGGAGAGGUCGUCGCUGGACCAGGUGAAGAAGAGGUUUGACAUGAACAAGAAGAAACUGGAGGAGAAGAAGAAGGAUUACGACAUAGAGCAGAGGAUGAAGGAGCUGAGGGAAGAGGAGGAGAAGCUGAAGGAGUAUCGCAAAGAGAAGAGGAAAGAAAGGAAACGCAAGCUCGAAGAAGAAAGUGACAUUACCACGGGCAAAGCAGAAUCCGAACUGGCGUCCAUUAUGGGCUUCUCUGGUUUCGGAUCAUCCAAGAAAUAGCGUUGGUUUUCAUUUUUAACAUUGGACAGUGAAAACUUUAUUUCAGGAGAAGGAAAGUGUGCCCGGUAAAUUGUUUGUUUUUUUAUAAGAUACUUGAAGCUAGUGAAACACCUUGCGUUUAGAAACUGUUGUGUGUAAAUAAACCUGACAUACAUAGUGUGUUUUUGAGUUGAAUUGUAUAAUGGUCAGUCUACUGUAACGAACAUGCUUGCAUGAAAUUGUUUGGCUUUGUAAAGGCAAUGAAGCAAGAAAGUAUUAUGAUUUUGAAGAAACCUUCUAUUCAUUGAACCCAAGACAGAUGCUUAAAUAUUUAGUGUUUGUGCAUUUUCAGGGUUUUUUUUCUGUUGUAAAUCAAAAGGUUGUUUAGGUCAGUUAUAUUAGUAAGUUUUAAAUAAUUAAGUAAGGUAUUAAAAUUCCUAUAAAAAAAUCUGUUCUUUAUUUUAUUUCUGGGAAUGUAUGUUUUCAUAAUUAAAAUUAAAGGUUGUUUAGAUUAUGCCAGUGACUUUUAAAAUACUCUAAUGUUGUAAAUGUAUGAAUUUUUACAAAAUGAUGUUUGUUAUUCCAACCGCGAAGUUGAACGAAUGAAUGAGCUGUGAACUUUGCUUAUGUUCGGGACUGAUUGGGGAUCGGUGAAUUUUAGGCUUCCCCUCAUCACGAAGAUGAUAAAACUUUACAUAUCUAAUGCAAUAACAUAAAAUUGGUGGACAGUAUUUUUAUUUUUCAUUUAGAUACUGAAAUACGUACUUCAAGCUGUGAAACUUACAAUUGUGUUCCUGGAACAAAUGUGAAUGUUAAGAAUUGUGUAAGUUUUAGUGGCUUUCUUUUUUCAUAUUCCUGAACUGGGGCUAUUUUAAUGCAGUAACUGUACAUUAAAACAUGGGACUGUGCCAAAUUUGUAGCCAAUGUGAACGUCUUAAAAAAAAUAAAAAGUUUGUGUAUAUUUA